CGCACUGGGCCGAGCCACAGAGAGAGAUGGAGAGAGAGUACCCUUUCUCUUCAUCACUUCUUCAAUAAAAAACGAGGAACGAAGGGGAAAAGGAAAGACCACAACACACAGUCAUACACACACAUAUACAUUUGUUCCCUUCUUCUUUUCUUUCCUUUGUUUUCUUUUGGGUUAAAUUAAUAUUAUAUUUGUUCCCUUGAUUCUACAAAACACGCAAGGAGUAUAAAAAUCAAUCACCAAUAAAUAAAAAAUUCACACCAACUUUCUCUUAUCUUACAUUUUCCACCUCCCUUCUCUCUCUCUUUAUCAUCAUCAUCAGCCUAAUUUUCGUUGUCAUUUAGCUCAUUCCGUUCACACUCUUGUGAAGUUCUUGAAUUAUUUUAUUAUUCAUCGUGGAUUUUGAUUCAUCUUCAUAGUUUGUGAAAUAUUUAUUUGUAUCACAAGUUUGUUCCGCUUCUGUUGAAUCUUCUUGUGUAUGAGCAAUGUGGUAGAUCUGUAGUCAUUCAGUUCGGGUGGGGAGUUUUUGGGGAUACGAGUGGCUGUUGCAAGGAGAUCUGGUGGGUUUGAGGGUUAUAUACAUGUAUGUUGUUAAAUGUUCAAUGUUGUUGUAAAUUGUUUGUGAGACUUUGUUUUGAUGAAUUUGUUGUUGGGUUGGUUGGACAAGAUUACUAGACCUUGCUCAAUUGGCAUUGUGAAACUGGGGAAUUUUGAAAGAAUGGGGUGUGAAUGAGUUGAAGGGUUUGGAUCUAGCUGGGUGAAGAAGUUGGGGUUAUAGGGUUUGUGGCAGAAGUAGAACUUGGUUUGGAGUUUGGACCGGUUUGACUAUGGAUCAUGUUAUUGGUGGAAAAUUCAAGCUGGGUCGGAAGAUUGGGAGUGGAUCUUUCGGUGAGCUUUAUCUGGGUGUUAAUACACAGAAUGGAGAGGAAGUUGCGGUUAAGCUGGAAUCUGUAAAGUCCAAGCACCCUCAGCUUCACUACGAGUCCAAAUUGUACAUGCUUCUACAAGGAGGAACGGGAAUUCCCCACCUAAAGUGGUUUGGAGUUGAGGGAGAGUACAAUGUCAUGGUUAUUGACCUUCUCGGGCCAAGUCUUGAAGACUUGUUCAACUAUUGCAACCGGAAGCUCUCUUUGAAAUCAGUGUUGAUGCUUGCAGAUCAGUUAAUUAACAGAGUCGAGUACAUGCACUCGAGGGGUUUUCUUCACCGCGAUAUAAAACCUGACAAUUUUUUAAUGGGGUUGGGACGCAAAGCAAAUCAGGUGUACGUCAUCGACUAUGGCCUUGCAAAGAAGUAUAGGGAUCUUCAAACUCAUAAGCAUAUACCAUACAGGGAAAACAAAAACCUUACAGGCACUGCUCGUUAUGCUAGCGUUAACACUCACCUUGGAGUUGAACAAAGCAGAAGAGAUGAUCUGGAAUCUCUUGGUUAUGUACUAAUGUAUUUCCUCAGGGGAAGCCUACCCUGGCAGGGAUUAAAAGCGGGUACAAAGAAGCAGAAAUAUGAUAAGAUCAGUGAAAAGAAGAUGCUCACACCAAUAGAGGGCCUUUGCAAGUCCUAUCCACCAGAAUUCACAUCAUACUUCCACUAUUGCCGAUCACUGCGGUUUGAGGACAAGCCAGAUUAUGCAUAUCUGAAGAGACUUUUUCGGGACUUGUUUAUUCGAGAAGGCUAUCAGUUUGACUAUGUAUUUGACUGGACAAUAUUGAAGUACCCUCAGAUUGGCGCUGGUUCAAGACAAAGGCCUGGCGUAAAGGCAGCUUUAAAUGCCGGACCAUCUUGUGAAAGAGUAGAAAGGCCUUCAGUGGGACAAGAGAUUCGUGAUAAAUUCUCUGGUGCGAUGGAAGCAUUUACCAGAAGGAACACUUCGGGUGCUGGACUGCAUGGUGAUUAUUCGAAGCACAAAGCAUCAGAGGCUGUACCAUCAUCAAAGGAUGUGCAUCCAGAUUCUGAGAGAGGCCGCACACCUACCUCUCGGCAUGGUAGCACAUCAAAGAGGCCUGUCAUUUCAAGAGGCAGACCAAGCUCUUCUGGUGAGCCAUCUGAAAGUCGAUCAGGUCGGUUGGUCACAGGCAGUGGCCGCCUGUCCACCAGCCAAAGGAACCAGUCUGGGUCCGAGCCCAAAAUGACAUCUUUUCACCGGUUUAAUGCCUCAAAAGGCCCGCGUGAUGAUUCUCUCAGGAGCUUUGAGCUUCUCACAAUUGGUACAGACAAGAGGAAGUAAAUAAUUUUUUUGAAUAAUUGGAAGAUGAUGCUGCUUAUACUGGGAAAGAGCUCCCUUACGCCAUUAUUUUUGGAAUCGUAAUAGGCAGAUAUCCUAAUGUUAUGUACAAGUUUCUCUUUGAGAACUGAAUGUUGUAACGAAUGUUCUCCUCCUAGGGCCAUUAUAAUGUGUUGUAGAGUCAUCAAGAGGAAGUAAAUUUUCCUGUGGAAAUUUGUGAAUAUAUUCGAGGCAUGAUGAUUGUAACAUUGUCCUCUUUAGAUGAACUUCUCACUCGUUUAGUUUGUUUAUGGUUCUAACAUUGUGCAUUUUGACAAUAUAAAUUUGAUGCAAACUUGAACUC